AACAAACCGCGUUCGGUUCCUCACAACCUUCGUUGUCCUCCCUUUCGCCGAGGAACCAAAAACACCACCUCGAAAUUCUCAGUUAGUGUUUUGUUCCUCUCUGUUUUAACACAUUCCGUGUUUCGUUAAUUUUCUUCAUCUCUCUGUCAAAUGCAACCCUUUCGAUUCUGAAUUCACCUUCUUCGUCCUUUUCAUUUAAAAGGGUGAAGGAAUUCACAAUCUUUUCAUUUUUAUUUCUUUCAAUUUUUCUUGAAUUAUAUAGCAUUGUGAAGAUAUGGAGAUGAAGGUUUCUCGGCGGGUGAAUUGGUGGCGGAACAUGAUGUACCCCCUUCGACGGGUUUGGUUCAGUGUCGCCACGCGUUUCGGAUUUCGCAAAAAUGAUAGGGGAAACAUGGUUGAAGUGAAAUUAGAGUUGACAGAAAAAGCUAAACUAGAUGAAUGUGUGGGAAACAAAUUUUCAGGGUUGCUGAAACUAAGGCAUGAUGUGAGGGCAUGUGAGUAUGAGGACAUUCAAGUGAUGUGGGAGAUGCUGAACAGAAAUGAAUCAGAGUUUGGUCAUUCUUCGAAGAAAUCGAACAAAAACAACAGCAACAACAAGAAAAAGGGACAUUGUUGGAAGUUGCUGAACUGGGCAAGGUGUGCUCCAUAUUACUACAUGUGCCGCCGUGCCUGAUGAUGAUGAUGAUUGUUGUGUCGGUGUUUUUCUUCUCUUCACAGAAAAAGCCAAUACCUGUGUGUUGGUGUGGCUUUUGCUUCAAUCAUGAAUAAAGGGGGGUUUGUGCAGAACACAUGGUGGUUCUCCACUUCUUUGAAUCAGCCAACUCAAUGAUCCGUUCGUGUAUAUAUAUAAUAUAUUUAUAUGUAGCAACCGCGUUCACCAAGUCGAUGUGACCACCAAAACUUUGUAUGCGUAGCUUUGUGUCGUGUUUCAUCGUGAUCUUGGAAUGUUUAGCGAGUCAUUCAUGUAUUGGUUUUAGAGAUCCAUGAAUAGUGUGUCUCAGGCUUUCAACCAGCUUGAUUUUGUAUCAGAAAAAACUGUCUGCAUUCUGCAGAAUGCAGAGCAGAAUGCAGAGGGAGGUAUAUAUAUUUAAUUAUUAUUAUUAUUAUGGGUUAAUUAUGUUAGUCUUGAAA